AAACAGAGGAAAAGCUUCAUGACUUUGGAUUUCUCAAUGAUUUCUUGAAUAUUACACCAAAAGAAAAAAUAGCCAAAGAAAAAUAGAUAAAUUGGACCACAUACAAAUUUUAAACUUUCGUGCAUCAGAUGACACUAACAACAGAGUGGAAAGGUAACCUACAGAAUGAAAGAAAACUUUUACAAAUUAUAUAUCUGAUAAGGGGUUAAUAUCUAGAAUAUUUAAAGAACUCCUGUAACUCAACAGCAAUACAAACUACACAAGUAACCAGAUUUUAAAAUGGAUUUAAAUAGACAUUUUCCCAAAGAUCUUCUUUGACCAGUAAAUAUUAAUACAUUAAAAGAUGUUCAACAUCAUUAAUCAUUAGGGAAAUGCAAAUCAAAACCACAGUGUUAUACCACUUUACACCUAUUAGGAUGGUUAUUAUUAGAAAAAAAAACAACACCAAAAUAGAAAAUAACAAGCGUUGGCAAGGAUAUGGAGUAAUUGGAACUCUUGUGUUGUGUGUUGCUGGUAGGGACGUAAGCGGUAUGAUCAAUAUGGAAAACCUGUACGGUAGUUCCUUAAAAAUAUAAAAAUAGAAUUAUCAUAUGAUUCAGCAAUUCUACUUCUUGGUAUAUAUCCAAAAUAAUUGAAAGCAAAGACUCAAACAAAUAUUUGUAUAUGCAUGUUCGUAGCAGCAUUAUUCACAGUAGCUUAAAAACCCAAAUAUCCACCAGUGGGAUAAUGGAAAAACAAAAUGGGUAUAUUCAUGCAAUACAAUAUUAUUCAUCAUUAGAAAGGAAGAGGAUUCUGACAGAUGGUACAACGUGGAUGAAUCUUGAAGAAAUUAUACUAAUUGAAGUAAGCAAGUCGCAAAAGAACAACUACUGUAUUAUUAAACUUAUAUAAGGUAUACAGAGUAGUCAAAUCACAGAGAUAGAAAGUAGAGUGAUGGUUACCAGAGGUGGGGGAAGGGGAGAAUGAGAGUUAAAGGGUAUAGUUUCAGUUUUGCCAGCUGAAAAAAGUACUGAAGAUAGAUAGUGGUGAUGGUUGCAUAAUGCAAAUAUACUUAAUGCUACUGAACUGUAUACUUAAAAAUGGUUACAAUAGUAGAUUUUAUCACAAUUUUAAAAUGUUUAAAAUUUUUACAAUGAAAAAGGAAGACACAAAAGAGUCUGUACUGUCUGAUUUAAUUUAUUUAAACUGCGAAAAUAAAUCUAUGGUGUUAGAUGUCAGGACAGUGGCUAUCCUUGGAAGAGGGAAGUAACUGGAAAGAAGUAUGAAAAGGCUUCAAGUGUGCUGGUGAUGUUCUAUCUCUUGAUCUGGAUGCUCUAACAUGGAUGUUCAGUCUGUGAAAUUCUUUGAGCUAUCUGUUUAUGAUUUAUAUUAUACCUUUUUCUAUAUGAAUAUUAUACUUCAGAAAAGAUUUUAGCAGUGUCAAUCACGGACCCCACAGCAGACCUAUGGAAUCAGAAUCUCUGGGAAUGGGAACUCAGGGCCUUGCAUUUUAAAAAUCUCUUUUCUACGUUUUUCUUAAGGCUAUUGGAUUUUGAGAAUCUUUGCUAAGGGAAGAGGAUUAGAUAAAUAUUCUUCCAGUGCCCCAGAUUUCUUCAAUUCUAUCCUAACAAUAAGUAUUUGCUGGAAAAGAAAUUUUUGAUUUCCUUAAGUCAUUUACCUUCUUCCUGUUAGGAAAAUGCACAUAUUUUGUAGGUGCUAAGACAGAGGACUAAGAAAUCAAUGACAUAAAAAUGCAUAGUUUAAUAUUUUUUCUUUGAAACUAUUAUCCUAAGCUGUCAUACAUACUAUAAUUUAUGAAUAUCGAAAAGAGUGAAAACAGUUUUAUUGAGGCUCUGUAAAAUAUGGCAGGUGCUAGGACCUCAUGGAACUCAGUAUCUUCAGUAGAAUGUGAAACAUCACAUCAUGGGGCGUGGUGCAGUGUGAGCAGGUAAAGAAAAGCCAGUUCUUCCACAUAUAAAUGACUUGAACUCCAUUUCAUCUGUUUUCAUACCAUCUCCAAGAUUUCAGCAGCUUUCACAUUUGCUUGUUAAACUGAAAGCAUGUUUCUUGCAAAGGCUCUAUUGGAAGGAGCAGAUCGAGGUCUUGGAGAAGCUCUUGGAGGCCUCUUUGGAGGAGGUGGGCAGAGAAGAGGAGGAGGAGGAGGAGGAGGAAAUAUUGGAGGGAUAGUUGGAGGAAUUGUGAAUUUUAUCAGUGAGGCUGCAGCAGCUCAGUAUACUCCAGAACCACCUCCUCCCACUCAGCAGCAUUUCACCAAUGUGGAAGCCUCAGAAAGUGAGGAAGUUAGGCGAUUUCGGCAGCAAUUUGCACAGCUGGCUGGACCAGACAUGGAGGUGGGUGCCACUGACCUGAUGAAUAUCCUCAACAAAGUCCUUUCUAAGCACAAGGAUCUGAAGACCGAUGGUUUUAAUCUCGACACCUGCCGGAGCAUUGUGGCUGUCAUGGACAGUGACACAACUGGGAAGCUGGGCUUUGAAGAAUUUAAGUAUCUGUGGAACAACAUCAAGAAAUGGCAGUGUGUUUAUAAGCAGUAUGACAGGGACCAUUCUGGGUCGCUGGGAAGUUCUCAGCUGCGGGGAGCUCUGCAGGCAGCAGGCUUUAAGCUAAAUGAACAACUUUACCAAAUGAUUGUCCGCCGGUAUGCUAAUGAGGAUGGGGAUAUGGAUUUUAACAAUUUCAUCAGCUGUUUGGUCCGCCUGGAUGCCAUGUUUCGUGCCUUCAAGUCUCUGGAUAGAGAUACAGAUGGCCUGAUUCAAGUGUCUCUCAAAGAAUGGCUGCAGUUAACCAUGUAUUCCUGAAGUGGGCACUGAGAAGUCAAGACCCUCCCUGAAGGACUGUAAGCCUUGCCAUGCUGUACACAGUUGCUGAUACCCUGUGCAACAGCUGUCAUUUCCCGGCGAGCUCUUUCACAACCCUAGAUAUUUCUGAUCAUGCGCUGCCUUUUACUGCUGAAUUAAAACAGAUAUUUCAUGAAAAA